AGCGAGUUCGUGAGAUCGACGUCAGCGAAUCGACCACGCCCCCUCGCCCUCAACCCACCAAUGGGCGGCCUUUGUGACUGGACAAUGUUCCUCCUUCUGUCUGUCUUGUGCGGGAUGACCGCGGGGCUGCAGAUCACAGGCAUCCAGGUCCCCCCCACCGUCAUCAGCGGGGACCAGGUGCGCCUGACCUGUUCCUUCGAGUUCAACGGCGACAAACUCUACUCUCUCACCUGGUGGAAAGACGAACAGCUGUUUUUCAAGUACCUGCCGAUAAACAACAUGAAGACGGUAUACGAGACGCCGGGCAUUACCGUGGAUAAACGGAUCUCGACGCUCCACGAAGUCAUUCUCUCGCACGUGGACCACCGCGCCUCCGGGAAGAUGCGUUGCGAGGUGGUGGCGGAUCAGCCGAGCUUUGAGAAGGACUCGAUGGCAGCCAACAUCACGGUUGUAGACCCUCCCCCCCGAGGCCCCGACAUCAGCGGCGCCCGUGACUCCUACACCAUCGGGGAACUUCUGCUUCUGAACUGUUCUUCGUCCUUCUCGUACCCGCCCACCAACCUCUCCUGGGUCAUCAACGGUCAGAAGGCGCUACGUGAGACCGUGGUGGUGUACCCGAGGGACAGAGACAGCGAAGGGCGCGAGUCCUCGUGGUCGGGCCUCCAGAUGUGCCUUCGUCGGGAGCACUUUCGCAACGGCGUCCUGGUCCUGCGCUGCAUAGCCACGAUCCUGCACGUGUACAACAUUUCCUCCGAAAUUCGCAUCACGGACUCCAGCUACAUCCAGAGCGCACCGAGAGAGGGAGCUUCCACUGCAGGCGCCGGAUCGUCGAGCCUUCUGCUUCCCCUUCUGCUGCUGCUGCCCGGCAUGCUGAGGGGAACCUGAUGCUGCCAUCGCGCCCCUCACUUUCUUCCGGGCAGCGUCUGCAUGGGCGUGGAGCUGUGGGCGUGAAGUAGAGGCGUGUCUGUGUCUGUGUUUCGUAACGGUGGGCGGAUCCCUUGCCCCUGCCUGUCUGUGUAAUUACCAUAUGAUUUAAGGACCAGAAUGUAUGUGUAUAAUCACUGUAUUUUAUUCGUUUAUUGACUUCUUCCUUUUGUGUGGUCUGUUGAUGAGGAGGAAGAAGAAAAAUAAACUUUAUUUGAUAAACUGUCAACGAAAAGUUUACGACUGCACGUAGCCUACAGGAACCGACCGCGUUUUGUGUGUGUGGUUUGCGUUGUAAAGAUUAGAGAUU